AUGCCGAUUACUAUCAUACAACCUCCUUCUUUUGUGCCUCCCACAGUCAGCACUCCCCCCACACCAGCUUCUGAUAUAUCUACCACGCCGAGCGAGGCAGAGCUGCCUCGAAUGCCUCGCACUCCCUACUUCUACUUUGACGACGCUUUUGAUGAACCCAGUCUCAAUGAGUCCAGCCAUCCUUCUCCCACUUCUCCCCCCACCUCAAUCUCACGUUCAUUCCGGCGCAUCGCUUCUCGAACGCAGGGUCUCUUAUUCAAAGACUUGACUGGAAAACCUACCCCUAUGCCCCCACCUGCUGAGACCCAAACACGCCCGAUUCCGAUGAGCAAAUCGCUGCCGCCACCCUCCGAUUCUUCUUCCGAUUCUUCAGAGUGGCCUGAUCACGACCAGCCGGAGUUGCCACCUGACACGGAUUCCACAUCAGAUUCGGAAACAACUCCUAUCCACGUCGACUUGCCCUCACUGAACCAACCCCAACGGGUCGGUUCUCAAGCCACUUUGCAUGCUGUCCCUCGCCAAAGCGCUCGCUUCUCUGCUGGAGGGAGAUGGAACCGCGCUGAUGUGCGCGAAGUCAUCAUGGAGCUUCGACUGUUGAAAUGA